GAAAGUGUUAGUAAUGGGAUAAGGCAACGUAAUGGGGAGAAGAAGCUAUUGCAUGAAUCGAAGUCAUCAGAAAGUAUAGAAACCAUCCUGCCUUUUACUUCACUGAUGUCGCUAGAAGAAUCAAUUUCUGGAGAGCGGGGACCAGCAACAGAACAAAGAAGUUCGAUCACAUAUAAAGAAAGGAGUGGAAAAUAUCGUGAAGAUGUAUUUGAUUUCACCGUGGAUGAAUCUGAUAAAA